GUCAAAUUGAGGUUAUGUCAUAACAGCUGUUUACAUAUUUUUUCUAAUGUAAAAAAGCAGAGAACACUGUGCCAAUCUAAAAACGAAGAAAAAAGUAAUGUCUUUGGGUAAUUUUGGUAGAAUCGCUGUCGGUUGGACUGUUAUAACUGUGGUAGGUGUGUACUCGUUUGUAAUAUCGAAAAAUUCUGUGGAUAAGCGACGUUACGAGGAUAUGCAAAUACGGGAACGCAUGAAAAAAGCAAAUAUUGGUGAUUACGAAUCCGUGGGAACUAGACGUUUUAACGCUUAAUUAACAACAUAAAAAGAAAUAUAUAUAUAAAAACUAACACCUUAAAAUCUUCCUGAGUUAGCAGCAAAGAUUUUUAAUCUAAAAUUUUUUAAAAAACUUUAAACUACACACGUGUAUUUGGAAUACUAUU